AUGAUACGGCAACACGAGGACGGCGGUGUCGCCAUUCCUCUUCCCCAACCCAUCAGCCGACGCCGACGAUCGCGCCGUCUCCUCUACACAAUCGUCGCCCUCAUCCUCCUCUACCUGCUCUUUUCGUACGAGCCCAUCCCCCUCCCCAUCCUCGCGCAUUCGCCGAAGAAAAUCACAUAUGACACAUAUCCGACCUACGAAUACGUCUCGCUAUAUAGGAAGAAGGCGGAUCACGCAUUUGAAGCCGCGCUCGAUGCGAAACUGCGAGCGCUGGAGCGCGAAACAAUCGACAAGAUCCCAGCAGACGAAAAUGGCCUCGCGACGAACUUGACGAUAUGGCAGAUCACCACACAGGAAGUUGCCGAUGCGCUACCUCUUUGGACGGCGCAGUGGAAGGAUAAUAACCAGGAAUGGUCUCACCAGCUUUUUACAUCGCCGCCGCCGGAGCUUUAUGGGCAUUUUGAGGGGAUCAAGGAGAUUGCGGAGUUGAAUGCGACGGAUGCUGUGGUCCAGAAUGACUUGAUGCAGUAUUUACUGUUGUGGUUUUAUGGGGGCUUUUAUACGGCGGUGGAGACGUGGGAUAGGGCUGCGUUGAGAGAUUGCCCGCCUUUUGCUGCGGUGCUGGCAAAUCAGAAGGAUGUCAGCCUAAUGCUAGGUGUUGAUGCUGAUGAGCCAUUUCUCAGUGAUGCGACGCUCAAGGAGUGGAAGUGGGCGAGAGGCUUCGGGUUCGGACAGGCUGUCAUGUGGGCACCUAUGAGGUUCGAUCCGAUGCUCAGGAAGGCGAUUGUGAGGACUAUCAGCCACGCGAGGAUACAUGCUACAUUCGAGGAGGAGACGUGGACGGAAAAGUAUACUGCGAAAGUGGAUUAUACGGGGGAAAUCAGUGGAAAUGGGAUGUUUACUGAUGUGGUACUUGAGACGCUAAGUGCUACUCUGAAGGAAGGACAUGAGAUGAGAGAUAGGGAUGCUGGCUUAGAGAGGAGGGUUACGUGGAAGAAGUUUAGGGGGUUGAAGGAAGUCUUGUGGAUGGAAGGGGAGCAAAUCAAGGAGGGUAAUGAGGAUGAAAUGAGAGGACUAUGCGUUCUGCCCAUCAACAUUGUGGGGAAUGGGAAGAGUCACAGUAAGUCCGGAACUUUUGAACAUCCGAUGGCUUGUGUAAACCACAUGCCUGGCUUCCGGCCUAAACAGGAUUUGAAGAAGCAAGUCUUUGGCUAG